AUGUUAGAUUCUCCUGCCAGGAUAUUUCGCUGUCCGAUUUGUGUCAAAAACCAUAUCAAAGCCCAGCCGGAGGAUCUUACCUUACUUGUCGAACACAUAGCGAAGCAUCUUCAGUUCUUCCUGUACGAGUGUCGACGAUGCCAGAUGCGCUUCGCAACUCCUUUUUUGGCAAAUUUCCAUAUCAAAGAAGGCAAAUGUAACCGCCACAGCAGAGAUUUGGACAGAAAUGAUGAAGGGCAGAUCCUACGUCACGUGAGCCUCAAUGAUGUGGAUUUUAAAGCGUUUUGUGACCUGCAAAAUGAAAUCACAAAAUGUAUAAAAGAAAUGGCUUCUUCUCAUGCGAAUACCAUCGUAUCCAACGAAGCUUCAAAAAUCAAAAGAAAACUUCUAGAGAGUGUGAAGAAAGAUAUGAUGAAGGAGAUCCCUAAGACAGUCACUCGCGACAAAACUUAUUCACCUCCGAGAUUCGAAAGUCCAGCCUCUCCCAAGCCAGAAACCUCGAGGAAACGUUCGCGCGACACAGAUCAUGACGUUGCUGGACAGUUUGAGCUCCCCGAAUUUGCGGAUCGCCCAUUACCAACAAAUUUCAACGGCAAAAUUUCGAUGGAUCGUUUGAUCGAAUUAUUUGGCAGUGAACCUGCGCGACGUAACCCUCGUGCAGUACCAUUAUAUAUUCCACCACUGCGCCGAAAACUAAAUGAUGGAACUUUCACGACUCCUUCAGUGCAUCAUAGCUUCACUUCUUUCGAACAAAGAAAUUCGACCAAGAAAAGCGAAAAACAGCCCAUGCCUACCAAGUUACCUUCACUCGCUGAAAUUCUGGCUUAUUGGAAGGACCGCAAGAGCUCCUAA